AUGUCACAGUCGUGUGGGAAUAUUUCUUUGCCUAGGAGAUUGCCCCUGCUCAUAUUGGACAAUGUGCUCUUCCCAGGCACCUCUGUACGGGUACCUGUCAACUCGCCGAAAAGCGUAUUGAUGAUAAAGAACCACCUUCUAAACCACCAUACAAUCGGCGGGGCUUUCGUCGGUGUAGUACCGAGAGAAUAUCCGAAAAAAGAGUCCGGACAAGCCGAGAUUCUGCAUCCUAUCGGAACAGCGGGAUUGGUGGUUCAGGUGAUGGGCAGUAGCUGGCCCCGGACGACGUACACAUUGCAGAUAAACGGAGUCUGCAGAUUCAGCCUCGAUGAAAUUGUUCACGAGUCGCCGUACCUGAUCGGAUCCGUGACACAGUUGGAUCGACUUCCCGGAGAAGUUUAUUCCGUAACCUCUCUCAAUUUGGAGGACCCGUUGGAGCUAGAGCUGAGCGAACUUUUGACAGAAACACGCUCCCUGGCGGCCGAUCUCAUCGAACGCCUAGAGCUCAGUUCUGGCUCCGCGCAACGGUACAAGCGACUGAUGAAUAGUCUGCCAUCGUAUGCGCUGCCGGACAUCUGCACAUCGAUAGUCUCCGCCAAUCAUGAAGAACGCUUAGCGGUUUUGGACGCGGUUCUCCUGACGGACCGAAUACGAAAAGCUCUGCCCCUCUUGCGACGCCAGAUCAAUUCUCUUGAGGGAAAAGUGAAAGUCACGAAGCACAAAGACAAGAUAAUCAAUGGACUGUCAAAAGACGUAAGAAGAGGAUUCCAAAUCGACGAUGACGACGCAGAGGAUGGAGACGAAAUCAUGGCCCUCGAGAAGAAAGUCAAAUCCAACGACUUGCCGGAGCAUGCGAAGAAAGCUGCUCUGAAAGAGCUGUCAAGACUGAAGAAGAUGCCUCCUCACAUGCCCGAGCACGCAAUGACGCGCAACUACCUUGAACUUCUCGUUGAGCUGCCCUGGAAUCGAAGAAGCCAGGAGCAUAUCGACCUUCAGAAAAGUAAAAUCGCGUUGGAUCACGACCAUUUCGGUCUCGAGAAGCUCAAGAAACGAGUUCUGGAAUAUCUGGCUGUUCGGAAGUUGAAGUCACAGAUAAAAGGACCAAUUUUAUGCUUCGUCGGCCCACCGGGAGUCGGGAAAACCAGCGUUGGUCGUUCAAUAGCCAAGAGUCUGGGUAGGGAAUUCUAUCGCAUUUCCCUAGGAGGUGUCUCCGACCAGGCUGAUAUUAGGGGGCAUCGCAGAACAUAUAUUGGAUCGAUGCCGGGAAGGAUCAUUCAAGGUUUGAAGACUGUUGGCGUGAAGAACCCCGUCAUUCUUCUGGACGAGAUUGAUAAGAUGGCGGCCGGCAUCCACGGAGAUCCCGCCGCAGCUCUACUGGAGGUCCUGGACCCCGAGCAGAACUCAUCCUUCACAGACCACUACCUGAACAUAUCGUUCGAUCUGAGCGAGGUUCUGUUCAUAGCGACCGCGAACACCGUUUCCACUGUUCCGGGGGCUCUCUUGGAUCGCAUGGAGCUCAUCACGAUUCCUGGUUACACACAUGAGGAGAAGGAACACAUAGCUCGAGAUCAUCUCCUCCCGAAACAAUUGGAGCAACAUGGCAUUCUGUCUUCCAUGUUUGAAUUGACCGAUGAUGCGAUAAGGAAAAUCAUAUCGAGCUACACGCGAGAAGCGGGGGUGCGCGCCCUCGAACGUCGUCUGAGCGCUAUUUGUCGCGCCGCUGCCGUCAAGAUUGUCGAAGCAAAUCCCACCGACUUGAAAAGUGGACAUAUCGGCAUCGAUCAAGAGGUCUUGGAAGAGAUUCUCGGUCCUCCUCUUUUCGAGUUCGAUAUUGAUUCGAGAUUGGUGCAGCCAGGCGUAGCCAUUGGCCUGGCUUGGACCGCUGUGGGGGGAGAAAUCAUGUUCGUCGAGGCCUCGAAAAUGGGUGGUUGCGGUCAGUUGACCCUGACAGGUCAACUGGGCGAUGUGAUGAAGGAGUCUGCAACAUUGGCCUUGAACUGGUUGCGUAUCAACGCCUCCCGAUUUGACCUUAAUCCUGAUAUAAUGGAGGGAACGGACAUUCAUAUCCACUUCCCGGCGGGAGCUGUAGAGAAGGAUGGUCCAUCUGCUGGAGUCACGAUCGCUUGUGUUCUCGUGUCUCUAUUCACGCAGAGGAUCGUGGCCUCCGACGUAGCGAUGACAGGCGAGAUCACCUUGCAAGGUCUGGUAUUACCCGUUGGCGGCAUAAAGGAGAAAGUAUUAGCGGCCCACAGGUGUGGUCUCAGCCGGGUGAUUCUCCCGCGUCGAAAUCGAAGGGAACUUCAAGAAAUUCCGAGGAACGUUCGAGAAAAUCUGACCUUCUAUCUCGCUGGAACCAUUGAGGAUGUUCUCCAGCAAGCGUUCGUUGGGGGAUUCCCGCAACUGAGGCCUGUGGUCUACAAUACGCAAAACGCCAUGAGUAAACUUUGA